AUGUCUUUAUCUUUUGACCAAUUAUUUGAACAUUCUUUAGUGUUGACCAGUCGAGAACCUAAUUUUUUUGAAAAAGUUGAACAUGAAGGGGAUGGAAAGUAUAAAUUGAAAAUGUUGGAGUCAGCUUGUUCAAACAACGAUUUUAUUGACUUCGAACAUUGUCCUUACACAAAAGAUUUGCUCAACAAAUCCAAUUUUAUUUCAAUUCUCAAACUUGGAUGGAAUAAAGUUUAUGAUCAAGAUCCUGAAUUUAAGACGAUUUUUGAUCCGAAAGAUGGGAUUGGAGAAUUGGAAGAACAAUUAUUGGCCGGCCAGUGGAGUCAAACAGCUCGUGGACGUACCAAAAAAUUAGCUCAACACAAAGCUGCUGCAAAUGUUCUUUUGGAUAUAAUUAAAAGUGGAAGACAUAAAGAGUUUUUAAUUCCUGGAAGAAAUGCAGAAGAAGCUUUUAAGUUGAUAACAACUGCAAUGAAUAACGAGCAAAACGAGUUAAUGGAAGGAGACAAUAAUGGAAGAGGGGGAACAUUUACUAUUAAACAAGGAGGUGGUGUGGUGUUACAACAACAACAAAUAAUUAAUUGGGUUGGGAGAGUGCAGGAAUUGAUAAUGAAAAAACGAAUUGUCUGUAAGUGGAACGACGCUUAUACUAGUGAAAAUGAAAAAUCAAACGAUAUUAUGCACAAUUGCAAACUUCAGUUUGACAUUCUCGAUGUUUCGGCCACAAAAUUAGAACGUCGUUUAGAAGCUGAUUCAAAAGCUAGGAACAAGAAAAUGGCAAAACAAGAAGCUUUCCGUAAAAUUUAUGAAAUUUUGAUUGCUGAUUACGGGCCUUUUAAUCAAAUAAUUGUGGUCAAUGAAAACAAAAAAGAAAAGAAAGAAAAUAUUGUGACAGAAAUGACUGAAAAUGAAGAGAAUUUGGUUGUGAUUGAGGAAGGUGAAAUAAUAGAAGAAGAAAAGGUUAUUUCAAAUAAUAAUGUAACAACAAUCACUUCUGCAACAGACAAAUAUUCAUUAACACUUUCUCCAAAAGAUUUGAUAGAACUUUCACAUAUUGAAAGAAGCCAGGAUUGUAAUGAAACAAUUGAUAUUAGAAUGCUUUUGAGUGAUAUAUUAAUUGAUAGAGAAGUGAAUACUCCGCGUUCUGAACGUUUACUGAGAUGCAUUUUGGAAUGGAAAAAUCCUCAAGUUGAGCGUGUAUUUAGUCAGGCAACUUUGGAAUUUAUUGAGACUGCCAAAAGUCAAAUCCACGAUAUUUUCCAAGUUUAUCUACAAAUUUCAACUACUCAUAACAACAAAAAGUCUAUGUUGUGUACUUUUGGGGGCGAAGGAAGUGAUUUGCAGAGAGCAAGGGAUGAUGCAUGUUGGCAAGCAUUGGAAUAUCUUUAUAUUUUUGGCGGAUUUGCACCUAAAAAUGGCAACAAAAACGGGGAAGAAUAAAUUAUUUAUUGUAAAAGUGUGAUUAUUUUAAUUUUGAACCAAAAAGAAUAUAUUUUACUUAUUUACAAUUUGAUAAUUUUGACUUUUUUCUCUUUUCCCCUCCCCAAAACUCAAUUUUUGGUCUUCGUCUUAUCUUUAAAAUAUUACUUAUAUUUAUUUUUUUUGUAAUUUGAAA